AAUCGGAUCUUGUCUUGUCUUAUUCCUGCUGCAAUGUUCGAUGACGUAACAACAGGAUGUAGGUUACAGGAAUCUGAGGCCCUUCGUCGGCAGGCCGGAAAAUACAACUUCCUUUCUGGCUUUCCUUUCUAGCCAGUUUUCAACUUUCCCUGGGGAAAAUGUGAUUUCAUAUUAUGCCCCCAAGUGUCUCUAUUUUCAUCAAGAAUUGUGUUCACAUCUCUGGCUGCACGUCGAUGUACACGAUGAUUCCGUCGGGUUGGAGAGAUUUAUUCAGUUGGCCAUUUUGUCUUUUAUCGAACGCCGUGGAGUUUGCGAUGGAAAUAGAUUUUCCUAGCAUUGUUUAUUUGCUGACCGACUCCUAAGCUUGCACCUCGCAGGCAUCUAAUAACAGCGCGACCCGUCCGACUGCGAAGUUUAGUGAAGAACGCAUGCUCUGGUUUGAGCCAAUGAGCUCAAGAGCCUUGUCAGAUGUUCAAUCUGCGCCGUUCUCCGUUUCGCGUAUUUAUGUGGAAGCGUAUCCAGAAUCAGGGAAUGCUCUGUUUUUUCGGGAUCGAAGAUGUUUUGGGAUCGUCUGAGUCAACAAGUUGACCCAUAAAUGAAUGAAUGGAGAAGCCUCAGAAGGACAUCGGUACAAAAAGUGCAUUUCUAAAUACACAAAAGAUGUCAGCUGCUGAGACCACCGGUCCCCCACCAAAUACAACAUGCCACGAGGAUGAUGAGGAUGAUGAUGAUGUGUCUCUCAGCUGCAGUAUAAAGAACGAAGGACUAACCGUCCCUUGCAUGAGCUCCUUUACAUUGCAAGCUUGCAUUAAUUUCUUAAAAUCAUAUAAAGGUCCAGUGUUAUUCAAAAAGGGAGAGAUCUUCAGACGGUCUGAUAUCAGUUCUGAGUCACCUGUAGAUAACCCUUAAAGUGAUACAUUAAGUGAACUAGUGCUCUCUAGCGAUGGUCAAACGAAGCUCAGAAAAACAAGGCUCUAAAGUAAAAAGGCUGAACACUAUUAAUCUUAAGUCACACGGCACUUUGAUGUCGUCUGAUGGUUAAAAUUAUGUUCUUAUAAAAGUUAUAAAAGUCCCUUUGAAUACAGAUGUCUGCCAAGUCUUUAAAAGGUUAAAACUGCCUAAAGGUCGAUCUGUAAAUUCACAGCUUAAUUAGUUUUUUUAAGAAAAUGGCUAAGUAUUAUAGCACUAGCUCAUAUCUACAUUACGUGACAUUAAUUGGUUGAUUUAGCCGUGUACAUACAUUUCUGUAUAUUUCAGGCCACUGAUCAUCAAAAGCCGGAGUGGAGAAGGUUCAAAAAGACACGCAUAAGAAAAGUGCCUUCAUGAAUAUGCAGCAGACUGCGUUUGAAGCUGCUGAGACCACCGGUCCUUCGUCCAGUUCAACAAGCCACGAGGAAGAUGCGUCUCUCAGCUGCAGGAUAGCAAACCAAGGAUUCAGCGUUCCUUGCAUGAGCUCUUCUGACGUGGAAGCUUGCAUCGAAAUGUUGAAACGGCAUCCAGGUCCACUGCUGUAUAGAAACGGAGAGAUCUUCAGACGGAGAGAUAUCACAGACUGGAAUGGACUGCGGUUAACGAGAGAGCCGUUAUGUUUGAUGAAAGUGAAAGGAGAAAAGAGCAUCAAGUCCUGCUAUGGAGUCUACCUGAGGAAUGACUUCAUCUUGACGGCUUUUCACACAUUUCAGUACUCUAGUCUGUAUGACGCAUAUGUUUUCUUCCCCACCACAGACUUUGUUCUGGUUUAUGAGGCAAACCUUCCCAAAAAACGUCACAUGUUUCACGACAAAGAUCAGUGCCUCGUUAAAUUACUCGGACAAACAGAUGUUUUAGGAAAAGGUUUGCUUGAUCGUUGUGCGUCCGGUGAGAGCGAGGGUUUAUAUUUCUACGCAUUUGAUGUCCGGGGGAAUCUGCAAAAGCAUACAUGCACAGAUAUCACUCGUUCCUUGAAUAAGAAAAGCCAAAUAAAAGCGUUUGUGAUGUCCACCGCAGGUCAGCCAGGUGAAAGCGGUAACCCUGUUUUCUGUUUGAGAUCCAAUCAGUGCGUGGGAAUAUACACAGGUAUCACGAAGUCAAAGAAAGGCCAUGCCUCAGUAAUAGAUGUCAAACAGCUGUUUAAACACACAGCACCGCUAAACGCAAAUCCAUCUUUUUUGAAAAAGCUUUACGGCUUCUUGUCCAACAUCAUUCGUAAGAUUCGAUGUUUGCCGUCCCUGAGCACUCAAACCUCUGAUGAUGAUUCAGACUGAAGCGGUGGUAAUGAUAUAGCGUGAUACUGAAUCACGAUAUUACACCUUGGAUGCACAUUCUCAUAUUUUUUCGGUAAAUUCUGAAGUUGCACUGCGUUCAAAAUGAUAAUCAAUUGCAUUGAGGAUCCAAGUCACUAAAUGACCAAGUGCGCGUUUAGUGUUUUGGGGGCCCUAAGCAAAUGGUACCGGGGCGAGAUGACUAAUGUCUCCCUGUUCUCUUUCAUCUGUGGAAGCACUUGUUGACAGUUUUAAAGUAAUAAUGAAAUCUGUAUAUUUUUGUCCUUGUCUGCAAACUGACUACUGUGGAGAAUUGUGACUUAUUAAUUGCAUCCGAAUCAAAAGCUAUAAGCAGUUACAAUAUAGUCACUUUUUAAAUUAAAAAAUUAUUUAUGUAACUCUUUAUUUUGGAUGCAAUUAAUGGCUGGACCCCUUUAUUUAUUCAGAAUGUUUUCCAUUUGUGCCAUAAUUAUUUUUCAAAACUGACAAAUUGAUAACUGUUUACCUAGACUUGCUAAACUGUAGCAUUUUCAGGGGAGAAAAAAAAUAUUAAAUAAAUUGCAUUUUAAUUGUG